AUGGCUCAGUCGAUAUGGCUCAGUCCGGCCUACAACAAACUAAAAAGAAGAAACAAGAACAACAUUCCCACCUCCCCACCAGCUCCUGGCCUAUCAACAGGAAUCUCGAGGCUUAUUGGGGCAGUCCUCGGCAACUCCUCAGAUAUAAGCAAUAUCCGUAUGCUGCCACCUCAUCUUCGUCGCACUUACCGGCACAUCUUCGAUGCGUGGAUGAAACGCGAAGAGGGAUGA